UUUCACGAAAUUUUCAUUGUUGGCAAUAAAUCAGUUAUUUCAAAUUUUAUAAAGUAGUUUGACUACAUUACAUAGCCUGAUUAUGUAAUUUUGUUGUUAAUGUAAUGAUUAUGUAUAAGAACCACAGCUAUGGCAUAAUGUGACGAUAAACGAUACUAAAAGUAAAGAAUAUUGGUGUUACCCUUUGGACUAGAAAAAUUCGUAGCACAACCAACCCUUUGCUUUUGUGUAGAAACUAGAUCUAUGAAUCUAGUCGCGUUAUAGUUAAUUGGUGGAGAGGACAUGGCUUACCAAGCCCUCUCAAGGGUAUUUUGGAGGUGCUUUAAUAAAAAACAUGCCAAUAUCUGCAAAAAUAAAACAUGUAGAUCCUUGAUUGGAAAACCAUACGUGAAUGGAGCUCCUAGUUGCAGUUACAUUUCAACAACUACAGAUUUUCCAGAGUUUCAAGACUUGACACACAUCAAAACGCAUCAAGAUUUGUAUCAGCUCAGCAUAGAAAAGCCUGAGAUAUUUUGGUCGAGACUAGCUCGAUCAAGACUAACCUGGAGCAAAGACUUCACAACAACUUGCAAAGCUGACUUUAGCAGUGGUAAAGUUGAGUGGUUUGAUGGUGGCAUGCUAAAUGCAUCAGUGAACUGCCUGGACCGCCACUUAGACACGAAGGCUGAUGACAUCGCCCUGAUCUGGGAGAGAGAUGAGCCUGGCACACACCGCUUCUACACCUACAGGAAGCUGUCUGAGAUGGUGGGAAAGAUCGGCAAUCUCCUCCUGAACAGCGGGGUCAAGGCCGGUGACAGAGUGGCCAUCUACUUGCCCAAGUCUCCCACGGCCAUCGCCACGAUGUUGGCCUGUGCCCGCAUUGGGGCCAUUCACAGCGUGGUUUUUGCUGGUUUUAGUGCGGAGGCUUUAGCUGGGCGAAUCAAUGACGCCCGUGCUGAGACUGUGGUGACCGCCAACCAGACCAUCCGAGGUGGGAAGCUGAUCGAGCUAAAGAAAACAGUGGACGCAGCGGUCAGCAAAUGUCCCGGUGUUAAACGUGUUUUUAUUUACUUCAGGACUGAGGCCAAGGUGCCCAUGGGCAAGCUGGAUAUUGAUAUGACUGAGGCGCUACAGCAUGAGUCGCCUGACUGUCCAGUUGUCCAGCGCCAGAGUGAGGACAGCCUGUUCAUGCUGUACACCUCAGGGUCAACCGGUGCACCUAAGGGCAUCACUCACUCCACUUCAGGCUACCUGCUCUAUGCCAAUCUCACCUUCAAACAAACCUUUGACUACAUGGCUGGGGAGAGGUUUGGCUGUGUGGCAGACAUUGGCUGGAUCACUGGCCACUCGUACGUUCUCUACGGCCCCCUCUCUAAUGGUGGCACCACACUGCUCUUUGAGAGCACUCCACUCUACCCUAAUCCAGGGCGCUACUGGGAGAUGGUGGAGAGGUUGAAGUUGAACCACCUGUACCUUGCCCCCACCUCACUCAGGAUGUUGCUCAAAGCUGGCAAUGAUUAUGUCUGGAAAUAUGAUCGUUCUAGUCUCCGCAAACUGGGAUGUGUUGGUGAACCCUUGAACCACGAAGCCUGGGAGUGGUACUACAAUGUGGUGGGGGAGAAAAGGUGUGACAUCAUUGAUACUUGGUGGCAGACAGAAACUGGUGGCAUCUGCAUAAGCCCGCGGCCGUCAGAGGUUGGAGCUGAGAUCAAACCUGGCAUGCCCAUGAGACCCAUGUUUGGUAUUGACCUCGCCAUCUAUGACUCACAGGGCCAGGAAGUGAAUGGAAAUAACGUAGAAGGUGCUCUAUGUAUACGCAAACCUUGGCCAGGGAUGGCCAGAACAAUUUAUGGUGACCACGACAGAUUCAAGAAAACCUACUUUGGUGUCAUUCCAGGGGUCUACUACACUGGUGAUGGGGCUCAUCGUCAUGACAACGGUUAUUAUCAAAUUACUGGCCGCAUGGAUGAUGUUCUUAAUGUCAGUGGACACCGGCUAGGUACAGCUGAAAUAGAGGAUGUCAUGGACGACCACCCUGAUGUAGCAGAAACAGCUGUGGUUGGCUUUCCUCACGACAUCAAGGGAGAAGGUAUAUAUGCCUAUGCAGUUUUAAAAGAUGGAAGAACCAAGACAAAGAAGGAAAUAGAGAGGGAACUAAGGGAAGCAAUCAAGACAAAAAUUGGUGGUCUGGCCAUGCCUGAGGUCAUCUUGUUCACACCCAACCUGCCUAGAACAAGGUCUGGUAAAAUAAUGCGCAGAAUCCUGAGGAAGGUGGCAGCCAACAAGUUUGAUGAACUUGGGGACAUCUCAACACUCAGCGAGCCGGAGGUGGUCGAGUUUAUAGUCAAGAAACACAAAGAGUUGAGCAAGUAGCUGGCACCCACAACAUUUGACACUGGUGGUGAGGAGACAUUUUUCUCACACAUUUGUCGUGGGCUGUUGGUCAACCACAACUGUAGGUGCUUGACGUGGCCACUGUUUCAUCAGACAUUUUUCCAGGGGGUUGGUCGGCCACACUGGAUCAAGUACAUAUUUUCUAAAUAAAUUCUAUUUUUCUCUUGGAGGGGGAGGGGAGGUUAUUUCUCCCUGAAGGAAACUCUGAAUAAGGCAAAGUAAGUUGAAUACAUCGUCAGCUUGUAUAUACAACUGAAUACAUCAUAAUAUAUAUAUAUCGUCAUGUUUAUAUACUUACACAUUGUAACAAUAUAUUCCACAAUACCUUGUGGCUGUUCAACAUCUAUGCAUGUGCGUUAAUUGUACAAUUCAAAAGUUGAUUGUUGAUGCUAUAAAGCGUGUUUAUGCUUACUUACUGUUAAGUCAUUAACUUACAUUCUACAUAAUCCCAGUGAUGUGUGUUAAACAAGAUUUGUUUGUGAUUAUUUAUAAAACUUGUGACCAUGUUUUUGUUACUCUAUGUAUUCUGAAGCUAUUAUAGGCAGCUUUUUCUGUGUAGGCUCAGUGUGCUGUUAUGGUGUAGCUCAGUUCGCUCAUUCAUGGGUAAGUGUAACUCCCUUAGCUCAUUCAUGGGCUGUUGGAGCUCAGUUCAUUCAUGGGUUGGUGUAACUCAGUUCAUUCAUGGGCUGGUGUAACUCCCUUAGCUCAUUCAUGGGCUGGUGUAACUCCCUUAGCUCAUUCAUGGGCUGGUGGAGCUCAUUUGUUAAGCACAUUGUGUCCAUGUUCGGGAAUCACGUAAUUAUUUAUUUUAUUUAAAGUGUCUGGCGUUUAAAACAGAAACACUGACAGAUUUGAAAAUCAUGCAAAUAAACUGAAUUUUAUGAUCAUUCCUAA